AUGCUGAUCCCUAAGUAUUCAUCCAAGUUAGCGGCCACAGCAGACACGCAGUGCUCUUUGCUACGGCGUUUCAGUAUGCUUGGUCUAGUGCUUGCUGAACUUUCUAGCAGCCAGCUGCGUGAGCUGGCAUUGGCCUUACCUGCCGAAAAAACGAAACCACACGAGCUAGAGCUCAAGGCCUCGCUGCUAGACUCUCGGACGCUGCUUGGGCCCUUCUCAGUCGAAAUGAUUGAGCCUUUGAUCUCGUGGCUGGAUCAAGGUACUGAAAUGGCGCUUGUUGAAGCUGCAUCCAGCGAAGACGCUGAGCUAAAGCGUAUAGCCAUCGCUGUCUCGGAUUUACCAGCCAAUCGUCUGGUACUGCGAAUUCCUGUGUCCUUAGAUCAAAUUACGAAUACCACUGAGCUUCAAGACAAGCUUGCAGAAUUAAAUGAUAUCUUUAGUGGCGUGAUACUUGUUAUCAGCUCGGUAUCAUUAGUGCAGGAGAAGGGAUGCGAGGAAGUAUUUGCGAACUUAGAAGCAUUGAGAAAUUGCGUGAAUGAAAGUUUUCUGCUUGCUGUUGAGAUGAGCUCGGGAAGUGCGUCAAAUCACAGCACUAUGGUGGCACUAAACAGAAUACGGGACUUUCAUCAGAAGCACAUUCAUGUAGUCACAUCUGCAUUUUGUCGUGGUGAAGAAGACGAACCGGUUGACACUGUCAUAGAUGAAGGAGAAGCUUUAGUAGACGCUGGACAGGCAUUUGUACAUUGUUUGCGGACAGAUCGUCCUGACGGUCUGUUCACGACAGUUGUUGCAGACGAAGCCGGUGUCGCGCUAGGAUUGGUGUAUUCAAGUAAGGAGAGUAUUCUUGCUGCGAUAGCUAGUGGUCGCGGUGUCUACUACUCUCGGUCACGUGGUGGUCUAUGGAAGAAGGGUGAGAGUAGUGGCAAUGCUCAGCAGCUAAUAAAGAUCGACAUGGACUGUGACAGUGAUGCACUACGCUUUACGGUAAAUCAAACGGGUGCUGGCUUCUGCCACUUAAACACACGCACGUGUUGGGGUCACGAUAAUGGCCUCCGCGCACUUGAGAGUGUGUUGUUCAGUCGACACGCAGACGCACCUGCAGGAUCUUAUACCAAACGCUUAUUUGAAGAUGCCAAAUUGUUGCGUAACAAGCUUGUGGAGGAGGCUCAGGAACUUGCAGAAGCCGAAACAAUUCCUGACGUCGCCGGAGAAGCCGCUGAUGUCAUGUAUUUCGCCAUGGUGCGUUGCGUGGCAGCAGGUUGUAAGCUUAGCGAUGUCGAGAAAAUGUUAGAUAAGCGAAGUUUGAAGGUGAAACGACGCCCUGGAAAUUCAAAGGCUCACCGAAUUUCGGCAGCGAAUGAUAUUUUGAACAGCAAAGAACCGGCGCUACUUUGA